UUAAAUAAUUGGUCACGCGACCAUUGCUCGACGCCACUUAGGUGUCGCUGGUUUAGUGAUAGCUAUCAUGAUACUGGUAGACGAGGGAUAUAAUGAAGAUGAAAUACAGGUUUUUUCUGUAGAAUCGCCCUCUGGCUCUCUGUCUUGCUCCCGGACACGAGAUUACCUGACAGGUCGCAUCGAUGUCAACCUGUUAAGUCCUUCGGAGCGUACUGCCCUUCUGGCUGAUCUUUUGGGAACCCUAAGUAUCGGUGAAUUGAGCAGUUUGCAUUGCAAAGUGUCGUCCCUCCUCCAAGUCGAUAUUAUCGGGGAACUUCCCCCAGAACUAGCAUUGCAAGUGCUGUCUUGGUUGCCGGUUGAAAGUUUGCUGACUGCAAGUUUUGUAAACAAACAAUGGAACUUGUUGUGCAAGGACCAAAGCCUGUGGAGAUUGCUUUGCGAGGCUAGGGGGUGGAAAUGGAAAUCACCCAAUCGCUUUGUCUCACUUUGGCGCGAAGAGUCUAACCAUGUUUCUGGAAGUCACAUUGACGAAGGCUUCGGAGAUGACGAGGCGGAGAGGAUUCCACGAGACCUUUAUGGGGUAUUUCCGCUUCAAUCUAAGGGACCGCUAUCCCGCAAUUCAGCACCAGCUCUGCUACCCUCACCCAUUUCCCAUCAAUCACCCGACUAUAGAACUCUUUUCAAGACUCGGACGAUACUCCGUCAACGUCUCCGAAGGGGCGAAUUCAGCCGGACGACCAUCCAGGCUCAUUCAAGAAAUUUUCCGCGUCCUGGUGACUCUCAUCAGCCUGUACAAGGUCAUACUUCGACGAUCUAUGCACUGUGCUUGAGCAACGAUCCUGUCACUGGCGAGAGUACACUGUUUACCGCGUCCAGGGAUCGGAGUAUCAUUCAGUGGGAUGUGGCUACGCCAGCGUCCCUUCAGACCCGACCAAUUCGAGUAUUCAAAAAUGCGCAUGUAGGCAGUGUGCUUUCUGUCUGUGCCGCUCCCGAGUUCGGGUAUCUCAUCUCGGGAGGAAGUGAUGGACGCGUUAUUGUAUGGUCCAUUUCGACUGCUGCGCCUUUUAGAGUAUUCGAGGGCCAAAACGCCCAUCUAGAUAGUGUGCUUUGCGUUCGUUGCGAUAAGAGGAUCAUCGUAUCUUGCAGCAAGGACAGGACAAUUAGGACAUAUGAGUUACGAACCCUGGAGCCUUCCCACAUUCUUGCGUCACAUCGGGCAGCUGUAAAUUCCGUGGCAAUUUCUGACAAGUAUAUUGUUUCUGCUUCGGGGGACCGAUCGCUGAGGCUAUGGGACUCGGAGACAGGCGAGCUGUUGCGCGUGUUUGAAGGCCAUCACGCCCGAGGCCUCGCUGCAGUGGAUUUCGACCUCCCGUACAUCCUCACCGGGUCUUCCGAUAGACAGAUACGUUUAUAUGAUCUUAGUACCCAGAAGGGGUGGUCUACGGACCCUUGGCGGCAUACCCAUCGCCCCACCCACCGUCACCACUCUCAUCUCGUAUUGGAAGGUCCCGGCGUUUCUCACACGAGUUCAGAACCAGGCAAUGGGAGCAAUCAAACGACGGCCACCUUUGUGGGACUCGAUAUACAUCAUGCAUUCGCCGGUUUUGGCCUUGGUGCUGCGCAUACGCAUACUUCCCAAGCCCGAGCCUUUCCAGGAGGAGAAAAUAAUGGAUACAGCGGAGGCAUGAAUGGUCAUCAGUUGCGUUCCUCUAUCUAUUCACAGAGGGCAGUGGCUGCGUACAAUUCGCUCAUCGAGCGCUUCAGCGGCCCUAUGAGGAGUUCGUUGGGGUCUAGCGCUCACAAUGAAUUGGAUGCGUGCCCUACGUGCUCCGGAACAGGUCGUGUUCCGCUUGAAGUUGUACGGAACGUUCAUCACGGCCAGUCGUUUUUGCAUCAGGUGCACCAACAUCAUCAGGAUCUCGUGCGAGCUGUAGCAAUGGACGCCGAUGUGGUAGUCAGUGCAAGUUAUGAUGCUACUAUCAAGGUUUGGGAUCGACGGACGGGUGUACUGCUCGCCGAUCUUGUCGGCGGUCACAGGGGGCGAAUCUUCGGCGUCGCGUUCGACUGUACGAAGGUAACGUAUCUUAUCCCCUAUCUCUCCGCCGGAAAUUGUGAGCGGAAGUUGAGAGAUCGUUUCGCUUCCAAUCCUUUCCUAAACUUUUACCUGGGGUGGUAUCCCAUUUGCCCCUUUUUGAAAACUUGGGAUGCCUUCAAUCCUUGACAUGGAUUUACUGGACUAUCUGUCGCAAUAGAUUGUCAGCUGCGGCGAGGAUGAACGUAUCUGCAUCUGGGAUUUAUCUUUUGGCCUCGACACCUCUUUUGUGAGGGUGUGAGCGCAUCAUGAUCAAGUUACAGUUAUGCAAUACUCGAACGCAAACCAUUUCGUUGUUAUG